GCCAGGGAGUGCUCUUAGGUCACGGGGGUUGUGACCCUGGCACCUCCCUCUCCGGCUCCUCGCUUUCUCUCUGCUUCCUGGCCCCCGUGAGGCGAGCAGUCUCGCCCCACCUUGCCCUCCCUUGUGAGGUUUUGUUGGGGAAAGGUGAUUAAUACAAAGCCUCAGCUGUAGUACCCCCACCCAUUAACGACAGGGUGCACCAGGUGUGUCCCCUGGAAACCAUUCACUGCUGCGCGGGGAUCACAGGAAAUCUCUUCACUGGAAUCCCAGACCAGAAGGAAGGGCAGCCCGGAAGGAGACGGACUGUAUGGGUCCCUUCCUGCUCAACACUGAUCUGAGGCGCAGGAACUGGGAAGGGCACCCAGGGUGGGGUUCUGGUGCUGGUUCAGGACCCGAGUGUCGGGAGGGGAGUGAACUCACUGAGCUGGCACAGCCAGGGUUUUCGAUUGUCUGAGCUGGUGUGACGCAUCCGUGGGUGUUGCAGGGCCAGGGGUGACCGGGGGGGAGUGAGGCUCCCCCUGGCAGGCGCUGCCCCGGAACAGCGACUCGCCCUGCUCUUCCCGUGUGCCGUCUCUGGGACAGAAAACUCACGGUAGCAGUGCUAGAGCUCUCCGUAAGAUGACACGAGGGACGCGUCCAGAGGGCCUAGCACCCCGCCUGGCACAAGGCAGGCGUUGACAGAUGUCACCGUUCCAUGGGUCCCAACAGUCACCAUGCCACACCCUCGACGCCAGCCCUGCCACAUCGAGAGGGCUGGAUGGGGUCAGAGUGGGGCAGACAAAGACACAGCUCCAGAAGCAACUCAGAACUUUGCUUGGGCAAAUCAAAUCUGGGGUCGGGGUGUCAGCAGGAAGCUUCAGAGCCGCUGGAGUUCAUGCUUGUGCUCAGGAGUCCCGCAGCUCACAGGACAGAGGUUCAUGGCCUCUCAAGGUCCAGUACCAGCUGUCCUCCGCACAGCAGAAGCUUUGCCAGGUCCACUCCGGCCAUCGCUGUGCAUGCAGGACCAGCCCACUGCCUUGGGGGUCCCCAUGGCCUCUCCCUCUGUGGAGCAACCAGUCAGUGGGGUUCCAGGUGCAGCAUGGCCUCGCCAGGGCCUCAGUCAACACUGCCACCCGCCCGGGAGCCCCGACCAGUGGGCACAGGAGGACAGCGCCGGCCCUCCGUGCUCCGCGCAGGUGGUGCUGCAGCUCCUGGUGGCCCGAGGUGUCCCAGCCAGCAGACCUCCCUCCCCUCAGGGGACCUGGCCCUUAGGGUUGCUGUUCCGGAUCAUCCAGCGGCUGUGCUGACCACUGUCCACAGGAACAGAUGGAAGCCUCUGCUUGGGCUUUGUGGGACCUGUUCCAGUGGCCUCAGACGCAGCAGAUCCAGCACCUAUUUUUUAACUUUCAUCAAACACUUGCGUUCAUCAUUUACCAAAUGAACCCUGAGCUUUGAGCUGCCUGCCAGCUUCCUGCUGUGGGGCCAGCAUGGUUCCCCAACACCAGGGAAGUGGCCCUGGGGAGCCUGUGAGCUCAUGGCCCCAGGCUGUGGCUACAGCAUCUCACUAGUCUGCAAAGGCCUUCUUCCAUCUGUCGGGACGAGGAGGACAUGAGCACAGGUGGGGACCUCACCUGCACCGCCUGCAGGAGAGCGUUCCCUUUCCCUGGUCUUACACUACAAACAUCUAGGACGCGAGACAGGCACGGCUCUGGUGGAGCAGAUGCUGCAGCACUUAGAGGAAUUCGGGACGCAAGGACGCGUUCCUGUGCUUCGUCCAUGCCCGAGUCCCCUAACCCCGACCACUGCUGCAGGCAGGCCCUGUGCCGAGCCUCAGUUUGCCUCCGAUCUGAGCACCGGCCUGGACCAGCUGAAAGCCGCGGGCUGGGAGCAGGGUUGGGCGGUGACCAGAGCAAGAGCUCCGCAGCCGGCCGGCCGGUCUAGCGCCACUGGCCCGGCUGGGAGGGUGCAGGUGGGUUACUCGCCUGUGUCCUCGCCCGGAAACACGAUAACAGUGCUUCCUGAUGGAGUGACUGAAUUAACUGUGAGCCACACAGCGCACAACCUCGUGAUGAACAGGUGUGGCCUCC